AUGCCCGUUCCCGACUACGAGUUGCAGUCCUACUGGGAGAACCGGUUCAGGACCGAGUCGCAUUUUGAAUGGCUCGGAGACGGUGUCGCGACUAUCAUACCUCAUUUACGGGCUUCUCUGCGUGCUCAACGAGUGUCUAGUCCUCCCCGUCUCCUGCACAUAGGUGCGGGUUCCUCCUGGCUCUCUGAUUGUAUUUUGGAGACGUACAGGGACGAGUUUGGACAGAGUGUGGAUGCGAGCAUGAUCGUGAACCUCGAUUUCUCGGAGGAGGUAGUUCGCAGGGGUAUGGACUCACAGGCGGGGGGCGGUGGUGGCAUGCGAUGGAUACGCGCAGAUGCUCUGCAGUGGCAAGACCUUGCGGCGGUGUUGGUGAGACCGGACAGCGACAAGGGAGGGUUGGACCACCCAGGACUUGAGGCUGUCAUAGGAUCCUUCGGGUUGGUCGUCGACAAGAGCACAUCGGAUUCAAUAGCCUGUGCGGAGAACGUCGCUCUGAGCUCUUCCGAUCCACACCUGAAUCCGAUAGUGAAGGCAUUUCUGGAGAAAAAUGCGGCGUAUGCACUCAAACUUUACCCUGUCGAAGUUCUCGCGUUGCAUCUCGCCAGCCUGACCCAUCCCGGAGCUAUCUGGAUAGCGCUAUCGUUCUCAGCCAGCCGGUUCGAGUUUCUUGCAUCUCCAGAGAGAGUCGACACAAGCCUGAAUACUAUCUCGUCUGUCGAGCCCAGCCGAUACUGGGUCUUGCAGCAGGUCGACGAGGUGGAAGCUUGCCCUGGGAAGGAGGGUGUCGGGGCGCCCCAUGUGCAGCAUUUUGUGUAUGUCCUGCGCAGAACAGACUACACAGUCUUGUAG